AUGCUGCUGCGGAUCCGCGCCGACGGCGGGCGCAAGCUCGCCAAGAAGACGGGCAUGGCCGCGAUGGUCGACGCCAAGCCCGACCCGUACUUGAUCGUGCGCAUCGACGGCAAGAGCACCGUGUUUCCGGUCGUCGACGACGUGGACGCGGCCGAGUUUCGAUGGGGCGAUGACGCCGUCCGCGAUCUUCCGUGGCCAGCGACGGCCACCGAGAUGGAGAUCCACGUCAAAGACAAGGAUCUCAUCUCGGACCACCACAUUGGCGCCGCCAGAGUCCCUUUGGCGCCGAUCCGCGACGCGCUCGCAGCGCCGGGCGCCAAGACCUCGCGCAACAUUGACCUCGAUUUUGCCGACGAGAAGCUCAAGACCAAGAAGUUCUCGGGACAAAUCACACUCACGUUCGAGUGCAUCGACACGACGCCAGCGCCUGCUGCAACCAAAGCCGCAGCUUCAGCAGCCAUACCCGACGCAAAGGAAUCAGUGCCACAGGCAGGGCUAGCACCGCCUGAACCGAAGCCCGUUGUCGCCAACCCGACGCCAGCAGCUCCCGAAGCGACGCCAAUCGUGGCCGACGUCAAACCAGCCGCCCCAAACGCUGCUGCCUCCGUGGCAACUGACGCCGCGAUCGCAGUUGCCCCCGGUCUUGCUGCCUCCGAUACCCCCAACGCGACGGCCCCUCCGUUGAGAGAAGCCAAAACAACAUUGUCCGCAGAGGGCUUGGCGCCUCUUCAGCCGUCCAAAGCACAGAGUCAGAAAGGCAGUUUGAAAAAGGCCGCGGCCAAGAUCAACGCGCUGACGCCUCUGUCGAUGCAACCCAGUGCCAAGACCACGACGCCGGCGGUGGCGGUACCCGCGGCAGCUGCGGGUGCACCACCGUCAUCACCUGCCAGGAAGGCGUCGAUGGCGCCCGCAGCAGAAACUACAGCGCCAAGGCAUCACCUCGUGCGCAUCCAGGCCGUCGGCGGUCGCAACCUCGCGCCCAAGUCGCGUCUCGAGCGCUUGGUGGACCAGUACCCGGACCCGUACAUCACGCUGGUCGUCGGCAGCGACACGCGCGUGUACCCUGUCGUCGACGACGUCAAAACCGCCGAGUUUACGUGGGGCGAGGACGCGGUGCAGGAAUUUGAGAUUCCGACAAGCGCCAAAAGCAUCGCCGUCGCGCUGCACGUCAAGGACAAGGACCUCGUGCUCGACCAUUACAUUGGCGGCACGGCCUUCACACUCGACUUGGAGACGCUCUUGGCCGCGCAAGCGCUCCCCGACCUCGUCUACACCCUCGAGUACGACAGCCCCGCGUUUAAAACCAAAGCCAAAACCACCCGCGGCGAAAUCCUCUUGUCCUUCUUCCUCGUCGCCGCCGUCCAGACCCCAGCACCGACACCGGCCGCGACUCCAGCGCCGACACCGACCGCGACUCUAGCGCCACGACCUGACGUGGACCCGGCACUAUCGCCUGCGAACGCACCGGCCUUGAUGCCGGAACCGACACCCGCCGAGACACCCGCCGAGACAUCAUUGCCGCGCCGGUCCAGCGUCGAAAGCCGCGUCUACAAAGGAUCGCUGCAAGUGAUUGCCCAUAGCGCCGACGGUAUUCCGAUCCCGCCGCGUAAAAUGCUGAGUCUCGACCGCCUCGCCGACCCGUACGUGCUCUUGAAGCUCGGCGCUGCGUCGGCCGAGCUUCCGCAGGCCAAGGACGGCCACGACAAGCCCAAGUGGCACAACGCGCUGCACCUCUUUGAGUACAUGGAUUCGAGUCUCGUGCCGUGGAUGGACGUGCUCAUUUACGACAAGAACUUGGUGUUCCACGACAGCUACCUCGCGGGCGCGCGCUUGUCGCUCGCCGAUGUGCUGGCCACCGUGACGCCCGAGCUUCCGUGUGUCGUGACGCUGCCGUUGAACCUCGACAAAUCGCUGCAGCCGACCGACAAGGCGAUCGGUACGAUUACACUCUCGCUACUCUACACGCCCGACGACGCCAACCGCAUCAACUGGACGGGUCCGUCGGUCGGAUGCAUUGGCUUUGCCAACCUCGCGCUCAGCGUGACCGGCGACCUUGUCUCGCCCAGCAUGGAGCUGGUGCUCGACGUGAGCAUUCGCCGACACGUGCUGGCCACCGACGGAUUUGUGACGCAGUCGACGGACCCGGUCGCCGGCGCCGAGGCUGUCGCAUGGCUUGAUACGGCGCUGUGCGUGCCGUAUAGUCUCUACCUCCACGAAGGCGUCACGAAGGACAAGUGUCCCAUGGUGCUCUUUUUUCUGCGGGACCGCGCGGCAAUCCUCCACGACAAGCCGAUCGCUCUCGGGCACGUCAACUUGCUCGAUGUGUUGGGGCUCCACACGACCAAGCACGUCGUGCUCCUGAGCCAAAACAGCACUCGGUCUGGCCGCGCGAUGCUCAGCGUAGCGGUCGCCCCUGCCGAGCCGCCGCGCGGCACCAGUGCCGACUUUGCCGCGACGCCCGGGCGACUGCGCGUCUUCUUGCUCGGUGCGACACUACCUCGUAGUAGCAGAAAGCAGCACGAGAAACUUCGCCUCGCGUUAACCGCCCCGGCGACGACCGGCGCCAGUACCUCUGUUCAAACCGACACGGUGGAUCCGACGGCCCAUGGCGCGUUGCUCGUGCUCAACAGCGUGCUCGAGCUGCAGUACCUCUCGUCGCACGUCGCCAAAGCGAGCGAGUUUGCGCCGACGCUGUCGCUCUUCAAUCAAAGUAGCAAGCUGCUCUGCUCGGUGCCGCUCCCGGUGCUCUCGCUGCUUGAGCAACAUGAACACAACGAGUUUACACUCGAGCUCCAGCACGAUGCGUCGACCAUGUGCGUUCUCUCGAUGGCCCUGACGGUCGAGCCGAGCACGCUGCCACCAGAGACGAUCGCUGCCGUCGCAUCGGCUGUCGACUUCGGCCCCGGGUAUCUCCAUAUGGUGGUCCUCCAGGCCGACGCCGUCGUUCUGGACGGCGGUGCUUCGAUCACGGACCUCGACCCCGAAGUCCGCGUGAGCAUCAAGCCGCGGUACACCAAAGACAAGCGGGUGACUUCCAGUGCCAAGACGCGGCCGCUGGAAGUCGUCGCACCCAACCCUUCGUGGCACGAGUACCUCAAACUCGAGUUCAUUCCGUCGGACGACCCCGCAACGCUGCACGUGCCACCCACCGUGACCUUUUCUCUCAACGAAAUCAAGCCCCCGGGCGAAGACAGCGUCAUGCAUGUACUGGGGACCGCCGACCUCCCGCUGGCGGCCUUCUUGCCGGCGACCGUUGACGCCGAGCCCUUUGCGACCAAAGUCGACCUCCUGAGAGGCGGUGCGUCGGUCGGCGGCCUCUGCAUUGUGGGUAUCUUCGAGUCGCUCACGGCGCCCGAUGAGACACGCAAGGCAGUGCACGCGCACGCCCGCCGUCUCCGGACGACGACCAUGUCGAUCGAUGGCGUGUCGUCGAGCGCCGGGCGACCGGGACGCUUUGAAGUGCAUUUGUUGCACGCCACGGGUCUCCACCACCCGCCGCACGAGCCGAUUGCUUGCGAUGUCUGUGUCGCGUCCGCGAUCGAUGAGAUUGUCCGCGUCGAGUCGCAGCCCGACGAGAGCAGCACCGGCGAGCUCGUGUGGGACCGCCAGUUGACCCUCUUUACUCACACCGCAGCGUCCGACUACCUCCGUCUCGACUUUUUCGUUCGGUCCAUCAUGAUUGGGUUUCUCAAGGUCCCGAUUGCUACGUACAGUCAAAUGCCGCGCAAGGCGUGUCGCGAGCUUCACGAUAUCGUGCUCAAGACCAAGGACAAGGACGCGCGAUCCAAGCCCCAGGCACUGCUGGAGCUCGCGUUCUUUCCCGACGAAGCGCUUCCGACGUUCGCGCCGACGGCCACCCGCCGAAGCGAAACCGGUCGCUUGCUCCUCAAGUUGGAGGCGCUCGAGCCCACCGCGGCUGAUCUUCUGGAGAAGAAGCUCGCCUUGCGCUGCACAUUGCUGUACGCCAAUGGAGCCAGCGUCGUGUCGCUGUUCCAUGUCGGUACGAAAGCGGCGCCCAAAGUGGCCUACGGCGACGUCCUCGAGCUCGUGGUACCCGACAAGUAUACGCAACACACCUCGUCGCUUGGCACGUGCCCGCUUCUGCGCCUCGAGCUCAUCAACGGCAGCUCGGCGUUCGGGAAGGAGGCCGUGUCGAGCGACGACGUUGCCAUCCAAAGCCUCCUCUUCCACCCGCACAUGGUGCUGACCAAGCGACUGCCCUUGUCCACGCUCGGCGCAACACCCUCGUGCGUUGGCUACGCGCGCGUCCAGUUGGUCUACAUACCAUCCAAAGCCAUCGAGUACUUUGCGAUGCCCGACGACGACGACGAUCGAAGCAUGCUGUUGCCGCAGCGCGGCGUGCUCUCUGUGCGCGCCAUCGCAGGCCGCAACCUCGAAGAAGUCGAUGCGCUGGGCGAACAAGACCCGUACAUCCAGCUGCGCACGCUGCCGCGGACGUAUGCAUCGACGACGCCGGCGUUUGCCCAGAGCGCCGUGUGUUUGAACAGCGGCCGCCACCCGGUGUGGAACUCGCCCGUGUUUCCGCUGCUGGUGGACGAUGUGCACACGACGCUCCUCUCGAUCGACGUGCUCGACUCAGGCGAAGAAGACCACGUCCCCGACGCCCUCAUUGGCAGCUCGAGCGUCAGCCUUGCCGCUCUCUUGGCGGCUCGCAGUGUCGACGACGACGCGUCACGCUGGAGCGAAGGCUGGUUUCCGAUCGUUGGUCGUGGCGCGGACGCUGGCACCGUGCGCCUCGAGUACCGCUUCAUACCGGACGACGACGCGCGGCUGCAACGCGAGCCGCCGACGCAGUACACCAACUGCGUCGGGGGCUCUGGCACGCUGCACCUGCGCCUCCUCCGCGCGCGCCACCUUCCCUGCACGCCCGGCAUGACGCCGGCACUGCGCGCGCUCGUCGAUGCGUCGCCAGGGUUCUGCCACGUCACGCGCGCCGAAAAGAAGAACAUUCUGCACCCCGUGUUCGAGGACGCUACGUCGUGUGCGCUGCGCUGGACCGCCAAUUGCAGCGAGAGCGUUCGCUUGGAGCUGCAUAUUGUCGACGUCAGCGCGCACGUGGCCAGUGCAAGCUUGCCGAUUCUGGCGCGAACGACGCUGGAUCUCGCCCCAUUUGUGAUUCAUCCGCGCGAGGUGCACCAGGCGUGGCACCGCCUACGGUCCUCGUCCAACGAAGCCAACGAGGGGCCGUCCGUCCAAGUCGCUCUGCAGUUUAUUCCGUCCUCGGAUUCGACGUCGACGCCGUUUGCCGAGCCCGUGCCCGAGAUGGUGUCGGGACAAGUGCAUGUCAAGAUUCUGGAAGCGGCGUUCCGCUCGGCUGCCGUCGACGCGCCGAGCGUGCACGUGGAGCUGCGCACGGGCAACCACGUGCAAGCCAGGAGCACGGCGGCGUACGUGUCGCCGUCCGACGACUAUGCGCGCAGUGUCUGGGACGCGUCGAUGCUCUUUGACUGCCAAACGUUACCAGAGGCUGGCUUGCCGACGCUGCGCUUCCGCGUCGCCAACGCUGCCACGUCAUUCGGCGAGCUCGAGAUGCCACUGUUUCCGUUUGUGCUGGCAAAAGGCCACCUCUGCAGUGCGUGGUACCCCUUGUACCUCCAGCACCAGCUCACGGCGCAGCUCAAGGUCGAGGUGCAGUUUCUUCGCACGCAGAGCACCCAGCCGCCGCCACCUGACCUGAGUUUCCUCUCGAUCGAGGUCGUGGAAGGCCGGCAUUUACGAUUGGCGCAUGAUGGCGUCGACGCCCAAGACCCGUUCGUGGAGCUUACGCUUCUGGACCACGUUGUGCAGACCAAGCCCCACGUCGACGGCGGGCGGGAUCCAACCUGGAACGAGACGUUCGAGGUGCCACUGACAUCAUGGUCGGACGCGAGCAACCUCCCCACGCUAACCAUUUCCGUGCGCAACGCCGAUGCGAAAAAGCAUGGGGCUGGAGUCAUUGGCGAGUGCCACUGGGUCGUUCCGAAAGAUGUGCUUCACGACGGCAAGCUGCGGGAUGUGAUUCUCAAGCUCACAGGCGCUUCAGACGGCGUUGAUGUUCGUGACGACGUCGGUGACGGCAACGGCGACAUACAGCUGCGUCUCAAGCGUGGCAAGUUGCCGUCGGUGGUCUAUGGGGACGCACCGUCGGCGUCCCUUAUGUCGGCCGGCGAAACGUCCGGCGAAGCUGGCCGUGCGACCAACAGCGCCGGCAUUCUGUACCUCUUUUCGCGGGCCCCGCCGAUAGAGUCGGUGACCGUCACAGUCGCCACCGACGCAAUCGAAGCAAGUCCCGCGACACAAGUGUCUUUGGCCGACGUGGGUGUCGUGCGAGUGCCGACCCACACGGAGGCGCUCAAGCGCAGCCUGCCGCACCCUGCCACGUCGCUGCGUCUAAGCACAAGCGUCGGCGCCAUGACCCUGAGCGCCGACUACCUCCGCACCGUCCUGGCGACUCCACUGCGUGAAUUUCGCGACACGUAUGCCCUGAGUGCAACUGAUGUGGUCGACCUCAGCCUCGUCUACGCCAAGCCCGUGCAAGGGCUGCUGCGCGUGAGCUGCGUUGCGGUCGACGACGUGCCGCUGGUGCCGGGCACGUCGUACUACGCCGAGUGCCGCAUUCUGCGCAACAGCCCUUGGACCAAGAGCCCACUCGUCAAGGCACAUACGUCGACCAACUUGACGUGGAAGACGACGCUCGCGCCGCGGGAGCUCGCGUAUAGUAACCUCACCGAGGCGUUGCCGCCGCAGGCGCAGUGCGUGCUGUACGCUGCGAGCGGCGACGAGAGCGCUGUCAAAGUCGCGUACGCCCAAGUGUCGCUGCUCAAGUACAUUUUGGCGCCCGGCACGUUGUUUCCGGACGACGUCGUGCCCCUCAGUUGCGUGACCGGUCGCCCCCGAGACACGCCGAGUCUGCACCUCGCCAUCGGCUUUUUCCCAACCGUCGCGGACGUCGCCGACGACAACACGAUGCUCCAGGCCGUCGAGCUAGCGGAAGGAACGGCGGCGCUCAAGAAGGCCUUCCUUCUCCUCGGCGGUGACGCCACCAAGCCGAUCGCGAUCGACAUCUUUCGAGCGCACGCGCUGGCAAGCGACCAGUGCAUGCACGUUUUGGGGCACGCGGCCGAGGCGAUCGGCGGCCUCGACAAGCUUUUUGCGGCGAUGGACGCCAACAAAGACGGCGAGAUCUCGUGGGAAGAGUACCUCGACUGCAUGCAGACGGUGCAUUGCCUCGCGGAUGCAGUGCUCGCCAAGCCCGACGUGGCGGCCGCAACACUAGACGACCAAGACGACGAGAGCGACGAGGACGUGGUGGUGGCGCCAUCCGCUGAAGAUGAGCCAGCUGAUGAGCCAGCUGGCAAGGAUGGCCAGUCGGCUUCGGUAUCCGUUCCCCCCGCUGUACCGACUCCAUGGGCGACGUUCGAGCCCAUUGCGCCGCUUCCAAUCAACACCAAGGGCAUGUCAGAUGCGGACAGUGACGACGAUGCGCCGACAAGGCAUGACAACAAGAGGAAAGGACCUCCGCCCAUGAUUCCAGUACCCAAAGCGUCGUCCUCAGCGGCGUUUCCAAGUGCACCGGCGGCCAAGGCCUAUGUCGCCAAGGCCAAUGUCGCCAAAGUGGCGUCAGCACCGGUCGUCCGAGUCAACGAACGAGAGAUCGCCACGUGGAAGGUCGGCGACGUGGCGCAAUGGCUCGAGCAUUCGAUAGAGCUACCGCAAUACAUCACGAGCUUUCGAGACGCGUCCGUGGAUGGUCCGCUGCUCUUGACCUUGAGCCAAGACGAUUUAGUGCAUCAACUGAGCGUGCAGCAGCCGUUGCACCUGCGCAAAUUGGUGGCCAAGAUUGCCGACCUCCAAGACAAGUAUGGCUCGGAACCACCAGUACUCCGGGCGUCGUCGAAGCACCGACACACGUCGCGAGUGCCCAAGACGGACGCCGCGCGCCUCGAAGACGCAACGCUCCACGAGCUCGGUGUCCACAGCAUCCAGCGCUCCAAGCUCGACGUCAAGGUCAAGGACGCGAACCGCAAGAGCAAGGCCGCGACUGCGAUCGCUGCGGCCGACCGCCGGCAUUGGAACUUCGAGUACACGGGCGCCCCGGCGCCCGAAGCGCCCGUCUCGGUCGUCCAGCGCCUCAGCAAGGUCUUGUCCCAAGACAAGUCGGCGUUCGAAGGCGCGAUGGACGACGUCCUGGCGCAAGUCGGCGUGCAUCGCUCGACACCACCGCUCUUGCGAGUGCCUCUGAUCACAACCACCGACGAAGCCGUCGAGAUUCUCAAACAGUCGAUGUGGCGGCUUGGCCGCGACUGUGUGCGCGCCGAGAACGACCAGCGGCAGCGCGACGACGAUGCUGCGAGUGACUUUGGGGACGCCCCCGAUGCGCGCUUAGGGGACGCACCGCAUGACGCAGCCGACGUCAUGAGUGUCGCGUUUCGCGAGUUCACGCGGCUUGAAAACAACGGCGCUCGCUGGCUCAAGGACAGCGCGCCAGCCGACGCCAAGCUCUCGCGCCUCAAGUUCCAAGGCGGGCUGCGCUCGCUUCUCCGCAUUGAUCUCUCGUGGCAUCAAUUUGAUGAACUCUUUCGACGGCUCGACCGGCGCAAGCUCGGCGAGCUCACGCUCCCGGACUUUGUCGCUGCGUUCGGCGACCCGACGCCGGGCAGCGGCCUCUCGAACGACAUGCGCGUCGUCAACGAAGCGCUCACUCGCAUGGUGGAGCGCCUCGACGACCUCGGACUGACCUUGUUGCAGGCGUGGCAGGCCUUUGACCGGGACAACUCGGGCGCGGUAUCGCCGGCCGAGUUUGGGACGCUCGUCAAGUUCCUCACGCACGUCGAGGGCCGGGACGACCUCACCAAGCACCAAGUGUUUCUCAUGAUGGGAGCGCUCGACACGUCGUGCGACCGCCAGAUCCAGCACGCCGAGUUCCUCCGGUUCGUCUUUCUCGUCUGGUCGCACCGCCUCGGGCAGCUCCAGGAGUACAUUGCGCGCCACGAAGCAACGUACGCCAAGCACGCUCACUCGAACGAGUUUGACGCCAACUUUGAGCUCGUGCUGCAGCGCAAGCAGGCGCUGCGGCGCGCGCUGCGUCAAAACUUCUCACGUCCCUUCCGAGACGCCAUGCGCUGCGCCCCGGUCGCGGUCCCUGGCCCCUUCCAGAACCUGCUCGAGAAGCUCCACCUGGCGCCCCCAAGUGACGAACACGCACAUCAUGCGACGCAAGUGUGGCAAGUGCUCCAAGGCGGGCCGCUUCCAGCCGAGACGCCCAUCGAGACCCCGUUGUUGACGUCGAAAAACGUAUUAUACUACGACGAUCGCUUCGGCGACCGCAAGCGACCGCACACCAACGAGCUCGUGGUGACGAAGCUGCGUCGGCAACGGGCGCCCGAGCGCAGCCACAGCGUGCUGCGCGCGCCCGUGGCGGUGGCACUCGACCAAGCCCAGCAGUUGACGUUCGACAGGAAAACGCACCGGGCGUACAAGUAG